AGUUCUUCUAAAUUUUCAGUAAAAGUAAAGAAAGGGAAGUGUGCCCAAUUUAUUUUACUUCUUACUCCUCACGGAGGUCCGAUCUGUCUUGUAUCUUUUCCGUAAACGGAGAAUUAAUUCCCGAUUGUUCUCGUCUGUUGUUUAUCUAAGCUUUUCGUAUCGUAACCUAAAAACUGUCAAUGUCAGUUGCUUAAAUGACAGUGCAGUGUUUUUAAAAAUCAUAUAAAAACAUCAAAUAAUAAAUUAAAGUAAAUAAUCUCAUUCUCAUUAUUAAACAGUAUCCAGCCACAUAACAUUUUAGUUAUUCAUAAAAUAAUCUACAGAAUAUAUGCGUACACCAAACAUGACAAAAUUAUUUAUUAAAAAUAUUCGCGUGUUUUCGGUCCAUUUAUAUAAACAUUACACAACUGUAACUAAACCGGCAACGAUACUGAAAAUAAAUAAUAAGGAAUAUGCUACCGACGAUUACACUAACGUUACACCAAAGAUUUUGUCAUAUUUAAAUCGAGAUUUGCACUUGAAAAAGGACAAUCCGAUAUCGAUAGUUCGGCAACGGAUUGUGAAUUAUUUUUAUUCCUUUACGCAUGGAGGUAAUCCGAUAUUCAGCGUUUAUGACAACCUAUCUCCUGUAGUGACUACGAAGCAGAACUUUGACGAUUUAUUAAUACCGGAGGACCAUCCGAGUAGAACCAAAUCUGACUGUUACUAUAUGAAUAGGAAUACAUUGCUGCGUGCACAUAUGACCGCACAUCAAAGUGAACUUCUCCGUUCAGGUCUGGACAACUUCCUUAUGAUCGGUGAUGUAUACAGGAGAGAUGAAAUUGAUUCAACACACUUUCCAGUCUUUCAUCAAGUUGAUGCAGUAAGAUCACAAAGAAAGGAACAAUUAUUUCAUGAACAUCCUGGAUUAGAGCUAUUUGAGCCUUAUUUUGAUCCACAAAGGCCACAAAUGUUUAAAAACUCAAUAAAAGACCCUAAUAAACAAAGUUGUCACAGUUUGGAAGCAACUAAAUUAAUGGAAGCACAACUUAAGAACCAUUUAAUUGGUUUAGUUCAUUCACUUUUCGGUGAUAAUGUGAAACACAGAUGGGUUGAUGCAUACUUUCCAUUUACUCAUCCGUCUUGGGAAUUAGAAAUAUUUUAUGAAAACAAUUGGUUAGAGGUUCUCGGUUGUGGUAUCGUUAGGAACGAGAUUUUAGCAAAUGCAGGACCUAAUAAUACAAUAGCAUAUGCAUUUGGUCUUGGCUUAGAAAGAAUCGCAAUGGCAUUAUACAAGAUACCUGAUAUCCGAUUAAUGUGGAGUGAAGAUUCCGGUUUUGUUUCACAAUUUCAGAAUAAAUUAAAUGAGAAGAUUACUUAUAAAGCGGUAUCGUCUUAUCCGCAGUGUACAAAUGAUAUUUCAUUCUGGUUGCCAUCUGAUGUAACUAUUGACACAUUUAUGAACAAUGAUUUUUACGAUUUAGUGAGGGAUGUUGGAGGAGAUGUUAUUGAACAGGUGAAGUUAAAAGAUAGAUUUGUUCAUCCAAAGACAAAAAAGCAUAGUCUAUGUUACAGCAUAAUUUAUAGACAUUUGGAAAGAACUCUAACACAAGUUGAAGUAAAUGAAAUACAUAAGGAAAUUGAGAAAGCAAUUGUUAAAACAUUUAAUGUUGUUAUAAGAUAAAGUGUUUGUUGACUAGUUGUUUAUCAAUUAAAUA